GGCAUGUUCGCAUUCCACAAUUCAUAGCGCAUUCACCCACGAACUUUCAGAGUUCGCAGUUCUUUCCAGUUUUCAGUCAGUUCUCGUGAGUGAUAAAAAAUUAGAAGUUUAUUUCAGUGUUGGCAGUUUUUUUGCUUGUUGAAAAGGCGUCUUUAAUUUGAAUAUCAACAUUUUGAUUGUACCCUUGUCAGACGAAUUGGGAUCGGCUAUAAAAUUAAAGAUACGACACUUUAUCCACCAAAAUGGAUGAAGUUGUCGAUAAUCUCAAGGCAUGCCUUCUCAUUUCGAAGGGAGGCGUAAGUGAGAAUAGAAUCUGCAAAGAUUACUACGAUGUCACAGGGGAUCGAAUUCCCUACAGGAAGUUUAAUUUUGCUUCCUUGGAGGAAUUUCUGAAAGUAAUUCCAGGAAUAAAGAGAGUACUCAGAGGCGGUGAGUAUUUUAUCGAAGUCAUCCCAACCAACAAAACUGCCCACUUAGCGAAUUUAGUGCGGCACCAGAAAACUUCGAAGAGACCUUCGAAAAAGGUUUCUUAUAAUAGGCCGGCUAGGACUCCUUACGGAUCUAAUAACUACCAGAGAAAUCAAGCUAGGCCUCAGUCGAAUUUCAGAACUCCUUUACCUCCUGCAAAUGCUAAAUCGUCGUCGCAAUACAGCAGAGCGCCCGUGCAAAACGAUUACAGAGUUCCACAAUCAAGUGCAAGGAGCACAACUUCAUACCAAAAUGAUUCAAGAAGUCAAUUUCAAUCGAAGACAAGUACAGUUUCUAUAGGGGGAAGCUCAGCUUUAUAUCAGAGCGAUUCGAGAAGUCAAUCCCAAUCAAGGCCGAGAAGUUCGACUCCUAUAGAGAGGAGCCCAACCCCAACGAACAGCAGGAACUCUAAUACGAGUACCAGUAGUCAGAAUGGAACCAUUAAAAAAUCUUCAUUCACUUACCCACCCUCAAAGACGACGGACUACAUUCCAUUGCCGAGUCAACGGCCGAAUUACAUGAAGACUGUAAACGAGGGGCCUACUGCUUCUCCUUCAAAGAAAAUGAUGGACCGAGAUGCAAGAAUAGCAGCCGCUCCUAAGUCUGCAGAUGGAAGCGCGAAGCCAAAGAGUAGUCUGCAGAGCAGGUUAAUUGUGCCAAAAACGACUGAUACUGCCCCUAGUCAAAUUAGGUUAAAUGAACCCAAUGUGGAAAAACCGACCCCAGUAUUAAGGCCAACAGAUCCAGCAAAAAAUAUUUGUGAAAAAGAGGACGUGGAAAAUGAACCGCCGAAAUUUUACUCCAUGAUACCUUUUGAGCAAUUCUUGGAGAAGAAACCAGUGACUCAGAAGGCAACACCGAUUCCGGCUCCGCUGAUGCCACAGUCUCCGAUGAUGCCUCCACCUCAGAUGAUGUCACUGCCUCAUAUACUGCCACAUUCACCAAUGAUGCAAAAUACCCAGAGGAUUCCACAGGCUCAGAUGAUGCCACAGGCUCCUGUGGUUCCACCAGCUCCGAAAAUUCGACAGAUUCCAACCAGUGCGCAGGGUCCAGAGGCAGAACUUGCAUCUCUCGUUGAUGGCCUUCAGUUGCCUGAACCAGUCUACAAAAUUUUACCUGCCCAGAAGGGAUGCAUUUAUGCUCAAGUCACGGUAGGCAAAGAGAAGUACAGCAGUUAUCCGGAGGAUGCCAAGAGCGAGAAGGCAGCACAGGCAAUCGCAGCAGCUAAAGCGCUGACUGACUUUAAGGAGAAAAAUCUGUCGACCGUGCUUCCGGUGACGAGCGAUGUUCGUUUGAUCGUAACAAGAAUCCUGCAGAUCGUCGAUGCUCAUUCCAGUGGAGUUUUCACGUCCCAAAUUAGCACAUAUUACAAGCAAGAAUUCAAAGAACUACUUCCUGCAGACUGGUUGAGGAUAGUGAACAACUGUCCCGAAAUAAGCAUCGAAGUAGGGGCCAAUAACACGAGCAUUUUAACUCGCUAUACUCCUGAAAAGGCACAGGAAACCCCUCUACUAUUGUCGCCAAGUGAAUUGAGCCCGCAACCCUCGGGUCAGUUGAGCCCGAUACUGUCCAGCGGGUCGAGCCAAAAAUCGUCAAAUGAAUUGAGCCAGAAUAUACCUGAAUUGGUGACACCCAAUGAUCGUUAUUGGAUAGUCCACGUGAAUGUUGUAAGGCCCUCUGAAAUUUGGGCUCAACUUGUUGGUGAAGAUUACAGUGAUCGACUGCAUGCGAUGCAAUUACAAAUGAAUGAAUUCUACGCGAAAAAUUUCGAAUCGACCAAAGCCAAAAGCAUAGAACCAGGUUUACAUUAUGCGAUUUAUGAGAACGAUAAGGAUCAUUGGUCAAGGGUCAGGUGUCUUAAUCGUGAUCCAGAGACUGACGAAGUUACCGUAUUCUUCAUCGAUGAUGGUGAUGACGAGAUCUGUAACAGCAACCUUCUCCACGAGUUGGACAAACAGUUCUGCGAACUUCCAGUCCAGGCUAUAAGGCUAGCUUUACACGGAUUGGAGGUUUUCGCUGACUCUGAAGAAGCGAUGACAGUUGUUAAGAAAUACCUUCAAUCUUCUGAAGAUUUAACUCUUUACAUCGAUGUUCUGAAUGAUGAUGCCGAUGAGCUGAGUUAUGAUGUCGAAGAAGAUUGCUGGUCCGUAACUUUCUGUGAUACUAAUGGUCCAGAGGAUAUAAAUCUGAAUGAAUUAAUAGCGAAAGAUAUUAUCGAAACCUGCAUGCCUAAACCUCAUCUCAAGGAGGGUCGAAUUACUGAGGUUUAUGUCUCCCAUGUCAGCAAUACUGGAGACAUUUAUGUACAAUUAAAGAACGAAAGCUUGAAAUUCCUGGUGGACCUGAUGAACUUUACGAUAAUAAAUAAACUGAGCCAGGAUUUGAGUAAAUUGACGGUGCAGAAAGUUAAUCUCACCAAGCUUUACAUGGUCAAGGACGAAGAUGGGAACUGGCAUCGAGCCAGUGUGAUGAACGUAAAUUAUCCCAAAAAUGAAAUCGACGCUUUCCUUAUGGAUUUCGGGAGGACCAUUAUAACUAAAAUCAGCACCUUGGUAGAUUUGGAAAGCAUUUCCAAAAUGCUUGCUCAAAUUCCUGGCCAAGCUCUGAAACUUCGUCUUCACAAUGUUCCGCCAUCAUCUUUCGAUGCAGAGAAGGUUGCCCGUCUAAAAGAACUUGCGUCUCCUGACACUUCUUUACUCGUGAAAGAAGUAAUCAGAAGUAAUGAUUCUUCACCACCAACUGUGGAAUUGCUUAAACGCCAAGAGCCGUCUAACGAAAUUAUCACGAUUAAUAACACUUUGGUCCUGGACAAAGAAUUGUCAUGCCCUAAUAAUGACGACGAUAAUAACAAUGUGGGGACCAGGAAACGUAGCGAACGUUUAACUUCUCGAUACGGAUCUUCUGCAGACCGAACAGAUCCCUGCCAGAGAAAUGCUCUUAGGACUCCAAAUAUUCCACCCACUGGGUCAUAUUUCGACGUACAUGUCAGUAUGGCAGCGAAUCCAGGAAAUUUUGUGGUCCAACCUCACGAAGAUCAAUUGGAACUCGCUAACAUGAUGAACAAACUUCAAGAGGAGUGCACAACCUAUAACGGACCUCUCCCAACAUUUGAUUCUGUGAGAGAGGGUAAUCUCUAUGCAGGACAACACGACGAUACAAGCUGGUACCGCGUUUGCAUACUCAACAAGUUUGCGGACCACAGAGUCACAGUUUAUUUCUGUGACUAUGGUGAAAUGGCAAUAAUUUCACCGAAAAAACUGCAGCCACUUCUUGGUCAGUUUUGCGAAUUGCCGUACCAGGCAAUCAAUGCAAGAUUAGCAGACGUGAAGCCGGUAAAUAUCGACUGGUCGGUGGAAGAUUGUUUGCGUUUCCAGGAACUGACAGUCGAAAAGGAUCUGGUAUCCGUGGUUAAAGAAAUUGUCCUGGACCCAUCUUCCGGUGACAUGGUGCUCAGUUUGACGCUCAUCGACGUGUCGGACAGUGACGACGUUUUCAUCGACAAAGUUCUCGUUAGUGAAGGCCGAGCUGAAAAUUUAUAGGAUCAAAAGAAAAAAAUACGAGAGAGAGAGAGAGAGAUUCUGAACCAUCUGCGAUGUAAAUAAUUUAGAUGCGAGACUACUAAUUUUAACGUCGAUUUAAAAAAACAUAAAUCUUCCGGAUUAACAAAAGGCGUGUGAGUAAAACUUUACAAGCUUUUACGUGCGUAAACAUAAGACUAGAUCAUGAAAUCACUAAUGAUUUAUUUAGAGCUCGAGAAGAAAGUGACAUAGAUUAAUAAUUUAAACGAGUAGUUUGAGAGAGACACACACUACAAGUAUUUUAGAGUUUAAAGAUAAAUAUUUUUUUAUUUAACGCUUUAAUACUUAGAUAUAUGUUAUCGUAGAAGACAUUGUCUUCAAAACAGAGCGUUGUGAUUUUCAUUUUAAUGAUUCGCAACAAGACAUAAGAUUGAGUGGAGGGAAAAGUAAAAUGUGGGAGAAAUGGUUGUAAUUUUUUAAAAAUUUGCACUUAUUGUGUAUUCUUUUAUUUUUUUAUGUUUGUGGAAGGCGAAAAAGAUUAUGAUUUUAAAUCACAAACAAAAGUUUUUUUUUCUUUUAUAUUUUUCAAUUUACUAAACUGCGUUAUCAUUUAGCCUGGUUGUGUAAAUUAAGGCCUUAAAUUAAAAACCGAAUUAUUAAAAGUUUCAAAAGACUGUAACUAGAUUGGAGAUUGUAACACUAGAUUCCACUGUGUCAAUUUUCAAUAUAAGUGCCAAUAAACGUUCAUGAGUUUGACUUUUAAA